AGGGUGAAGGAUGAGGUUUGACAUUGUAGGAGUAACAUCCAACAAGUAAUCUACUUCGAGACGAUUGAACUACGCCACCUGGACCAAGAACUAUAUCGAAAAAUAUGUCAACAAUGUGGAAAAGGUUCAUCUCGUCCUCCAGAGGGUGCGCCUCUUGUGCCGAUUGCGAUGGCCACGAAUCCGGGAUUACAAAAUCGAUAAUGCAAAACUCGGUUGAAUGACUCCACGUCAAAAGUCAUGAAUCGGGUUAUCGGUACCCCCGGACCACGUCCUGGAGGCGGCGGCGAGCGCGCUAACCAACCUCGGCAAUCCGCGAGGAGACGCUGCUCCGAGGUCUUCUUGCGCCUCCGAGCUUUCCCUGCGAUGAACUUGAAGACUGCUGCUGGGAUCUUGAUUUUAGUCAUCUGGCUCCCGUGGGUGAGCCAUUUUUUCGUGCCACACCUAAGCACGAAGCUGAACAAGUGGCUCCACAAUGUCGGACACUGGCGUGAAUCCCACGAAGCAGCUUCUGGCAUCAAAGCAAACGGAAAAAGUGCAGGGCGAGAAGCGCUAUCCCGUGAUCUCACAACCACGAAAAGCAAUUCGUACCCGGGGAACGCGAAGACAAAAACAGAUGCUCCGCAAGAACUACAUGGUCUGGCUGUAGAUGCCAAAGUUAAGGCCUCACGUCAAAGUCGAAGUAGAAGCUCACCUACUUAUUUCCAUACAGAUCAACGUGAUCAUCUUUAACUUUUUGCUCAUCUUUCAAGUCUGAACCUGUUCAAGUAGGAUGGAACGAGACGCGAGGUGGUGGAGCUGACUCUAAUAGAGGAGACGUCUCCACUGAAGUAACGAUCACGGCCGAUGGUCAAAUAGCGGCUUCGUCGGCCACUGGUCCGCCGGCUUCGGUCAGUCCUGAAGUUGUUGGAUCUAGGAAUUAUCGACCUGGCAGCGAUUCUUCAAACGAGCACAUCAAAGGGAAUAACGGCCAUCCCCAAGAACAGACAACAGGAGCGUCCUUGUCUCCCGAAGAUGAAGAAUUGAACUUGUCCAGCGCAAAAGGCGCUUUCCUAUAUGAAAUAGACGCGCCUUCUACCAUCAUUUCGAAUGGGAUGAAAAACGACAAGCAACUGCGAGACCCAAAAAGCAAAAAGCACUCAACUUCCGCAAGAGCCAAGAGGGACAAAUUUUUAAUCCCCGACUCAUGGAUGGACGUAGGUACAAGUACUAGCACUUCUGUCGAUGAGGGUCUUGAAGAUAGUGAGCAGGUGCAGGUGGUGCCCGGACUUGUAAAGCUGCACGACCCAAAGGGCCACGCGAAAGGCAUGAAAGGUGCUAGCAGGAACGCAGCGCUACAGAACAGCACAACACAUCAUGAGCACAGAACUACGGAACGGGACAGCACAGCACAACGUGAGCACAGCGCAGUACAGCGCAGUACAGCACAGUACAGCACAGUACAGCACAGUGCAGCACAGGACAGCACAGCACAGCACAGCACAGCACAGCACAGCACAGCACAGCACAGCACAGCACAGCACAGCACAGCACAGCACAGCACAGUACAGUACAGUACAGUACAGCACAGUACAGCACAGUACAGCACAGUACAGCACAGUACAGCACAGUACAGCACAGUACAGCAUAGUACAGCGCAGUACAGCGCAGUACAGCACAGUACAGCACAGUACAGCACAGUACAGCACAGUACAGCACAGUACAGCACAGUACAGCACAGUACAGCACAGUACCACAUCAGUCGACUCCGGUACAGGACGUAUCCUUGA